AUGACCCCCCCGACCACCCCCUCACGCACCAUCACCGCCCUCACCUCCCACGAAAACAACCUCCAAACCCAUCUCCACUACCUCCGCGCCUGUCUCUCUCUAGCCCAAAAAUCCCCGCCAAAACCUACAAAUUUCCGCGUAGGCGCUAUUCUCCUCUCGCGAACCCUCCACGCCUCAACAACAACAGAAACAACAACACCAACAUACGCCGACACAAUCCUUUCCACCGGCUACACCCUCGAGCUACCGGGAAACACGCACGCCGAACAAUGCGCCCUGGAAAAAUAUGCAGCGAGCCAUGGCGUGACUGAGGAGCGGAUAGGGGACAUUUUACCACCGCCUCUUUCUCCCGACGCGAGAAGCGCAGGUACGGGAACAGGGACGGGGACAGACAAAGACCAAGAACGUAAUCAUGAACAGAAGAUAGUCCUCUACGUCACUAUGGAACCAUGCGGGAAGCGGUUAUCGGGUAACACGCCGUGUGCGGCGCGGAUUAUUCAAACGAGCCGCUCGUCGUCCUCGUCGGAAAUAGAAAAUAAAACGUCACAUGGUCUCGAUGCUUCAAACGGGCCCGGUUCAAACGCCACGCGGAGAAAGUCCGGUAUUGACAAGGUGUACUUUGGCGUGAAAGAACCGGAGACAUUUGUGGGGGGUUCGGUGGGUUGUAGGAUGCUGGAUGAGGCCGGGGUGGAGUGGGAGGUUGUGGAGGGGAUGGAGGAGGAAAUUUUGAGCGUGGCGAAGGCGGGGCAUGGGGAUACAGCUGAUAGUCAGAAGGAGGGGAUGGAAGAUGACAGGCAGAGACAGGGGACUACUAUCGAUGAUAUUUCGGAGAAGGAGAGGAGGAGGCAGGCUGCGUUACCACGAAAUCCGAAGAAGAGGAUGAUGGAGGCGGAUAUCUAA